AGAACUGAAAAAUAUUUCCAUGGAAACCAAUUCAAAACAAACUUAUUGCUUUAAACGCAGCGACAAUGUCCGAAAUUUUAUCAACUAUAGGUGUUUAUUUCGAUGAAGUAGAUAAAGUGCGAAUUUUGGAACCGGACGUGUCCAAUCAGACGAAUGUCCUUAAAGAUGAGUGCAAAAUAUACGUGGAAAAGAUCGACGAAUUUCAAAAAUUGAUUGACAAUUUUAUAAAUAUCAUGGAUAAAUUGGGCAAAGAGGUAGAGAGACAGAAAAUGAAGGCGAUCAGCACCCGAAAUAUAAUGCAAACAAUGGAGAAGAGGCGUGAAGUAGAUCAACAGCAGUUGCAGGCAUUAAUCAUGGAGAAAUCAAUGGAAGUGGAAAGGCUGAAGGUGCAGUUGAAUUCGUUGCAGAAACAGGAGCUGGAGCAGCUGGACAUCAUCACAACUCUGACCAACAAUUAAAACAAACAAAAGUGUAUACAUAAUACGGUAACUCAUAUUAAAUAUAUAAUUCUACAUUAACUUUCAUCUUGCAUCUUCUACUGAACAGAUAAUUAUAAUAAAAUGAUAAUAAUACAAUUUAUCUUACAAAAAAAAUAUAAUUUCGAAUACAUAAGA